GAAAAGUUUAAGAAAGAGGAAGGUACAGUAGGGAGCUGCUCCAGUGAAAAGUUUAAGAAAGAGGAAAGUACAGAGCUGCUCCAGUGCUGAUGGUGGUGUUGUGUCUCCUCAGCCAUGCAGUUCUGCAACCUUCAUCACUGUGUCUUCUUCUUCUUCCUCAUCUUCACAUUCACCACUGCUCCUGUCUCAGCUCUUGAGAUCUGUCCUACACGGGUGAAGCUUCAUCAGCCAGUGAUGCUCUCAUGUAAACACCAUUGUUCUGGUUUAUUGCAAUGGUCUUUACAUAGUAAUCGAGAUGUUGUCCAGGCUCAGUGUGAUCAGACAUCAUGCAAGUCAGAGGAGGGAUUCAGUAUCUCUCAUGAUCAGUACCUGAAGGGAGAUUCCUCUCUCACCAUCACUGCAGCUGAUUACAGUAAGAGGAACGUGUACGCAUGUGAAUGUGACGACUCAGAUUUCGCUUAUGUGCGCCUCGUCAUAGAAACUGUGUUCACGCCAGUUCAGAUGGAGACUGAUGAAGAUCUGAAGCUGAAGGUGUCUGUACCAGAGCCAGUGGAGGUGAUUUAUAAAAGCGAUGAUGCAGCUGAGGAAGUGAUCUGCAGUGUGACUAACGGCUCACUACAGUGUAAAGAUGAUUACAGACACAGAACAUCACUCACUUACCCUGAGCUCACACUGAAACACAUGACGCCGAGGGAUAGUGGAAGUUACACCAUCCGGGACACCAAGAAUAAUGAAGACAUUCAGAUAUACGCCGUGGCUGUGGAAGCUGUGUUCACACCAGUUCAGAUAAAGUCUGAUGAAGAUCUGAAGCUGAAGGUGUCUGUACCAGAGCCAGUGGAGGUGAUUUAUAAAAGCAGUGAUGCAGCUGAUGAAGUGAUCUGCAAUGUGACUAAAGACUCACUACAGUGUAAAGAUGAAUACAGACACAGAACAUCACUCACUUACCCUGAGCUCACACUGAAACACAUGAAGGCAAGGGAUAGUGGAAGAUACACCAUCCUGGACAUGACGAAUAAUGAAGAUCUUCAGAUAUACGCUGUCUCUGUGGAAGAUAAGUCUGGUUUUCCUGUAUGGGGUAGUGUACUGAUAGUGCUGAGUCUGCUCUGCUGCUGUGUUGGUGUGGGAAUAUACCUACUGCAGAAAAACAAGUUGUACACUCGACUGCUACAAGUGGAGCAGCUUGUACAGCAGGCUGAAAGAGGAACAGAGGAGAACAUCAAGGAAGUGGAGAUGGCACUCGACCAGCUGAAGCAGCAGUACAGUAACACUAAAUAUUCAGACAAGGUCAAUGUGUUCUGCAAUGAACAAAGGAAACAGCUACAGCAGCAUCAAGAACAUCUAAAGAGAGGAGUGUUGGAGAGGCGACUGCAUCAAGUGGACCAGCUUGUACAGCAGGCUAAAGAAGUGACAGAGGAGAAAGUCAGAGAAGCAAAAAAGUCGCUCGAUCAGCUGAAGAAGCAGUAUGAGGAGAGUGAAUAUUCAGACAAGGUCUCAGUGUUCUGCAUGGCAAAGCGGAAACAGCUGUUAAACAGCCAAAUGCUACCUGUGGAACAGCUUGUACAGCAGGCUGAAGAAGGGAAAGAGGAGAACAUCAGAGAAGCAGAGGAGGGGAUCACACAACUGGGGCAGCAGAACACUGAAUAUUCAGAUGAAGUCACAUCUUUUUGCAGUGCAAAAUGGAGACAGCUGAACUGGUACAGACUACAGCACAGUAAUGAUGAACGUCUAAUGACUGAGAGAAGAGAGUUGAACAGUCAUCUGCUUCAUGUGGACCAGAUUGUACAACAGGCUGAAGAAGGAUCAAAUGGGAAGAUCAGAGAAGCUGAGAAGAAGCUUGAACAGUUGGAGCAGCAGUACAGGUACAAGGAUUAUUCUGAACAGAUCAAAUUCCUCUGCAGGGUAAAGAGGGAACAGCUGAAGAGAUACAGUCUACAACCCAGCAUUGAACAACAUUUAAUAACUGGGGACAGGGAGUUGAAUAGUCAACUGAAACAUGUGGAAUGGCUUGUACAGCAGGCUAAAGAAGGGAAAGUGGAAAACAUUAGAGAAGUGAAGAUGGCGAUUGAUCACCUGGAGCAGCAGCAGUACCUGAAUACUGAAAAUGUAGUACCAGUCACACCGAUCUGCAUGUUAAAGAGGGCAGAGCUCUUCUGGUACAGACUACAGCAUAGUGAUGACAAAUGUCUGAAGGCUGAAAAAAUAGAGAUAAAGAUGAAGGUGGAGAAGGUGAUGGAUAGUGUACAUAAACUCAGAAAUGGAGCAGAACAAAAGCAGGAGAUACUGAGCUCCAGACUGGUGGAUGAGAUGGAGGAAUAUCUGAAGGAGAUUGAAAAGUGGUGUGGACAGAUAAGGAGAGAGAUACCUAACCUCAUACAGCAGCACAGAUGUGGAGCUGUGUGAGACACACACACCCACAGACACAGACACACACACACACACACACACACACACACACACACACACACACACACACACACACACACACACACACACCUGUUGUUCCUCUGCGCCUCAACCACCAGGUGGUUGAGAUAAACACAGAAAGCCACAAAUUUCACUCCCAUUUUAAUUACUACAGCAAGCUCACAGACUUCCGGUUAUAGUCAAAGCAACACAAACUCUUAUUAAUAUUAAUAUUUACACUCAGCUGGUUAGACAUGUAUAAAUAUUCCAGUGGGAUGGUGUGGUGCUUUGGAGUGGGGUUUUAAAUUAACUUAGAGCCAUCAAACAAAACACAUGCAAUUAAACAAGCAAUUGUCAAUAGUCUUAUCUUCCACUCCAUGACACUACAGGAGUUUGUAGGAUGGAUGGUCUGGACGUUGUCAUGACAGUCUGAGGUGUGUACAAGUUCUGAGAUUGUGUGUAUUGUUGUUAUAAAAUGGUGAACUGUUUCAUGAAUUGUGUUAGCAAUCUUUAAUACAUAAAAUUUUAGAUGAAAAAAUUUUAAAUGAAAACAAGAAUAACAUUUAAGAGUGUUUUUGAAGAAUGUUUUUGUAAAAACAAAUUUAAAACACAAUAGUUUCAGGAGCAGAGUCACAGACAGAGCAGCAGGUAAUUUAUUCAAGGU